AUGGUACUCCAGGCCAUCAAGUACUCCAGGGGUCAGCUGGAGAUCCUCGACCAGUUAAAGCUGCCCCAUGCAGAAGAAUAUGAUCAUCUCUACUCGAGCACCGACGCGUGGCAUGCGAUCAAGGAGAUGCGGACACGAGGUGCCCCAGCCAUUGCCAUCGUAGCAGCAUUGGCACUGGCGGUCGAGUUGACCAACAUGAAGCUUCCCUCGGUCGCCGAAGAAGUCAAGGUCUUCAUCAUUGAAAAGCUGGACUACCUCGUCACAAGCAGACCGACCGCUGUGAAUCUAGCAGAUGCAGCGCGCAAGUUGAGGAAGACGACAGGAGAAGCUGCAGAGAAAGCAGGAGCAACUGGCGAUGCAGUGCGGGAAGCGUACGUGGCGGCAGCAGAGCAAAUGUUGAUUGAUGAUGUGAGCGACAACGAAAACAUUGGACGCCACGGCGCAGACUGGCUAGUAAAGAAUACGCCAGCUGCGAAGCAAGGUCAGAUCAGCAUGUUGACUCAUUGCAACACUGGCUCUCUUGCUACUGCAGGAUAUGGCACUGCCCUUGGAGUUAUCCGGUCAUUACACGCUCAGGGCAACUUGAAACAUGCCUUCUGCUCUGAGACCAGGCCCUACAACCAGGGAUCCCGUCUGACAGCCUUCGAGCUUGUACACGACAAGAUACCAGCCACGUUGGUGACGGAUUCCAUGGCCGCAGCGUUACUCCGCCAGAAGGGACAGAGCGAGAACAUCGCCGGCAUCGUCGUUGGCGCAGACCGGGUCGCUGCGAACGGUGAUACUGCAAACAAGAUUGGAACAUAUUCGUUGGCCAUACUUGCAAAGCACCAUGGCGUAAAGUUCCUAGUUGCUGCGCCGCGAACUACCAUUGACCUCGACACCCAGUCUGGUGCUGACAUUGUUAUUGAAGAGAGACCAGGCAAAGAGGUGCUUCUCGUGAAAGGCCCCAGGCAUGACGGUAUAAACCUGGACCUUGCAGUGGUCGAGACGGUCAGCGUGGCUGCACAUGGAAUCGGAGUUUGGAACCCAGCAUUCGAUGUAACGCCGGCUGAGUUGAUUGAUGGCAUCGUUACAGAAGUGGGAGUAGUGGAGAAGGACAGCGACGGCGUUUUCCAUUUGGAAAAAGUAUUUGAAGCGGAUGGUUCGAACAUCAAGCCGUCGACUGUUGGAGGGAUAUAG